CAGGAUAACCUUUAACCAGCACCGUGAGUGGGAGGCUCGCAAAUUUCUAUCUCGUCGUCCUGCCUGACUGGGGUCCUUUUCUAUUCUUCUAGAUGCAGAUUUUCGUCAAGACCCUUACGGGUAAGACGAUUACCCUCGAGGUUGAGUCUUCGGACACCAUCGACAAUGUCAAGGCCAAGAUUCAGGACAAGGAAGGUAUUCCUCCUGACCAGCAACGUCUCAUCUUCGCCGGCAAGCAGCUCGAGGAUGGCCGUACCUUGAGCGACUACAACAUCCAGAAGGAAUCGACUCUCCACUUGGUUCUCCGUCUCCGUGGUGGAAUCAUCGAGCCCUCGCUCAAGGUAUUGGCCUCAAAAUACAACUGCGACAAGCAGAUUUGCCGAAAGUGCUACGCACGGCUGCCCCCUCGUGCGACUAACUGCAGGAAGCGCUCCUGUGGCCACUCGUCGCAGCUCCGCCCCAAGAAGAAACUGAAGUAGUCCAUUCACUUUGGGCGAUUUUGUGUUGGAAAGAUCAGAGCAUGCAAGGGGUUGUUGGGAAUAUGCUUUCACAGAAUUUAUGCAUAUGCCGUUUGUAUGCUAAUGUCUUGUCGAACAUGCGCGUUUAUUUCCUGUCGUGA